AUGGAGGGGCCGUGGUGGCUUUGGAGGACGACUAGGCUUUGGAGGUGGCGGUUGUGUUGGUUGCAGCGGCGUGGGGAAGCGGCGUGGGAGAAGGUGGAGGCUGCGGUGCUGGAGAUGGAGGAGCUCGUGGUGGCUUUGGUGGACGACGAGGCUGUGGAGAUGGGGGUUGUGUUGGUUGCAGCGGCGGGGGGGAAGGUGGAGGCUGCGGCGCUGGUGAUGGUGGUGGCCGUGGUGGCUUUGGAGGACGAGGAGGCUGUGGAGAUGGAGGUUGUGUUGGUUGCAGCGGCGUGGGAGAAGGUGGAGGCUGCGGUGCUGGAGAUGGAGGAGGCCGUGGUGGCUUUGGAGGACGAGGGGGCUUUGGAGAUGGCGGUUGUGUUGGUUGCAGCUGCGUGGGAGAAGGUGAAGGCUGCGGCCUGCGGCGUGGGAGAAGGUGGAGGCUGCGGUGCUGGAGAUGGAGGAGCCGUGGUGGCUUUGGAGGACGAGGGGGCUUUGGAGAUGGCGGUUGUGUUGGUUGCAGCUGCGUGGGAGAAGGUGAAGGCUGCCAUGGUGGUGGUGGAGGUGAAUUUGCGGGAGUUGGAGGUGGCAGUGGUGGUGGUAAUGGUGACAGGAAAGGAGGGGGUCGUUGAAAUGGAGUUGGUUGUGGUGACGGCGGUGGAGAUCGCUGUGAUGGUUGUGGUGGCGAUGGAAGUGUUGGCGGUCGUGCUGGUGCUGGUGGUGUCGGUGUUGGUGGGGGGGAAGGAGGUCGUUGCAGUAGUGUCGGUGGUGCUGGUGGUGUCGGUGUUGGUGGGGGGGAAGGAGGUCGUUGCAGUAGUGUCGGUGGUGCUGGUGGUGUCGGUGUUGGUGGAGGGGGAGGAGGUCGUUGCAGUGGUGUCGGUGGUGACGGUGGUGUCGGUGUUGGUGGGGGGGAAGGAGGUCGUUGCAGUAGUGUCGGUGGUGAUGGUGGUGUCGGUGUUGGUGGAGGGGGAGGAGGUCGUUGCAGUGGUGUCGGUGGUGACGGUGGUGUCGGUGUUGGUGGGGUGGAAGGAGGUCGUUGUAGUGAUUCUGGUGAAGGAGGUGGAGGUUGCGCUGGUACCGGUGACACCGGGGGCCUCGGAGGGGAAAAGGCCAGGGGUCCCAGAUCACAUGUCGACGCGUUCAGAACAUCGACUGUGUACCCUGCGAGCACGCAUGAAAUCGUUUUCACAAAAGAGCCUUGCUCAGGAUUAG